AUGGCCUGGUCAUGGCCUCCAAAUAUGACGUUGUUCAGGGUCCAGUCUGCUUUGGUCACCAGUAUUCCAAGGUACAAAUCAACUGGUGACCCCAAGUCAUUUGCAUUUGUUGAAUUUGAAACAGUGGAAGGAGCCAAAAAAGCUUGCCAGAUUUUAAACAAUCCGCCAACGGAAAGAGAGCACAAACCAGGGAAAUUUCCGAAACACAAUAAAGCGAUGGUCCAGUUAAGAAAAAAAAUGAAUGCAGCCCUUGAUGAGAGUGAAGUGAAAGAAUGUGAUUUGUCCAGUAAUGAAAAAAGCAAGACAAGUAGGCAGAAACGGAAGAGGAAGAUUAGCAGCUGCAGUGCAGAGGGUAAAGACAUACAAGCCAGUAAGAGGCAAAAGUCCGAGUCACUGUGUGGGGAAACAUUAGAGGAAGGCUGUUCCAAGGUUUUGACCGAGCACCAAAAUGAGUCAGUGCUAGAUAGUACCAAGUCUGAAGAUGAGGACAAAGUAUGCGGUGGCAGUGGCAAGAAGAAAAAGAAGAGGAAACAGCGCCAACAGUCAGAGUCCUCUGGCAACAAAUCCCAGGAAGAUGAAGUGUCCGAUAAGUCUCGUCCCCGCUCGGACAGUUUCAGUAAGCUCCACGACAGUGAGGGUGGUAGUAAUAGCAAGUACAGGCGCAGAGCAUACAGCUGUUCGAAAUUGACCGACAGUGAAUUGGUGGGUAAAGUUACAGUGCCGAAGACUGAACCUGAAUCCAAACCCAAGGCUGAAGAGCCAGUAGAAUCAGAAAAAGGAGAUGAGAAAGAAUUGGCAAAGACUAGGGAUGAGUCUGUUAAAGAGAAAUCUGAAACGGACUGCCAGGCUGAGACUGAAGCAGCUUUUUUAUGCAAAGAGCGCAAACAAAUCAAGCGUAAGAAAGAAAGCAUGGAAAGCGUCUGCAGUGAUGUUGAAAAUCUGCCGAAACAUCAGAAACUCAAUAACGACAUUUUGGAAAUGCAAGGAGAAAGGAAUGAUUUUAAGAAAAGGCGACACCAACAUCGGAAACCAAAGAAACAUUAUCCUAAUCUUAGAGUGCUUUCUAAAGAGGAAUGGCUACAGUACAAGGCUGACUACCUGAAUACACAGAGAGCAAAUAUGGCUAUGUUAAAAAAGAUGUUGGCAGAAAAAACAAAACGUCAAGAACCAGAAAAUCAACCAAGUCCAGCAAAAGAGAAUUAUGAAUUUAUUCCAAAUGUGAUCAUCAAUGUCAAAUCAGAUUUGCUGUUGAACAUUAAAGAAGUGAAGGAGAAACUAAAUCCAAUUGCCAACAUAGCCUACAUUGACCUGAAAGAAGUCGAUGUGCAAGCCUAUAUUCGAUGCAGAGACGAGGAAAGUGCUCGGACAAUUUGUGAUUCAAGCUUUCCACAUUACAAGUUUACUCUUUUACAAGGGGAAGAAGAAAAAAUGUACUGGGAGAAAUUAAGAGCUGACAGAGAAGCCAAAAUAAACAGCAAACAUCGUUUAAAGAAAAGAGGUACCUCAAAGUUGAUGGACAAAAUAGAGAAACUCAACACAAAAAACAAAAAGUUUAUUUUGAUGAGUAAUUCCUCAGCUAAGAAGUGUUUUUUUUAA